UCUGUCCCUUUCUGUAGGUCCUUGAGCCGUGAGGGUCAACUCCUCAGAUGCCUCAUGGAAAAUCCCCAUCAUGGCGGCCGUACUCAGGCCCGGGGUGGCUAUUCCGGCCGCUGUGCUCGCUGUGGGGAGAAUGUCGUUGGGGAAGGGACAGGAUGCACUGCCAUGGAUCAGGUCUUCCACGUGGACUGUUUUACCUGCAUCAUCUGCAACAACAAGCUCCGGGGACAGCCCUUCUAUGCAGUAGAGAAGAAAGCUUACUGUGAGCCCUGCUACAUUAAUACCCUGGAGCAGUGCAGUGUGUGCUCCAAGCCCAUCAUGGAGCGGAUUCUGCGAGCCACCGGGAAGGCCUAUCAUCCUCACUGCUUUACCUGUGUGAUGUGCCACCGCAGCCUUGAUGGGAUCCCAUUCACCGUGGACGCUGGUGGCCUCAUUCACUGCAUUGAGGACUUCCACAAGAAAUUUGCCCCUCGAUGUUCUGUGUGCAAGGAGCCUAUCAUGCCAGCCCCAGGCCAGGAGGAGACUGUCCGGAUUGUGGCUCUCGAUCGCGAUUUCCAUGUUCAUUGCUACCGCUGUGAGGAUUGUGGCGGUCUCCUGUCCGAAGGAGAUAACCAAGGCUGCUACCCUCUGGAUGGACACAUCCUCUGCAAGACCUGCAACUCUGCCCGCAUCAGGGUGCUCACUGCCAAGGCCAGCACCGACCUUUAAAUUCGGUCGCCUGCUUAGCUGGUUAGUCGGUGGCGCUGAAAAGAAGGAAACACAAGAAAAAGAUAAGAAAAGAAAUGGGAAAAUACAGGAAAGGCAAUCAAGCCAUGGGAUGGUCUCUGUUCUUCAUCUAAUAUUAACCUUUCUUUAGAAGCACAUAGAUGAUGAGUUUUUUUUUUUUAAGUUCUCACCAAAUACACAUUUCACAUUUAAUCAUGUAGGACCUUGAUGGGCCUUUGUUCCCAAGGACUUCCACAUUUUUGCACGGAUUAUACUCCAUCCCAUUCACUUCUGCAUUCCUGUAACUUUUAAUCCCUAUGUUUGUCUCACUUUUCAUCUGGUUGAAUGGCUUUUUUUAGUGUGGUAUUUGCUGUCACACAGUUUUUCCUGGGUGAGUCGGCCAACUCACAGGUGCUUUUAGGCUUGAAGGGUCUAUCCUAUCAGUUCCACGUGGCCUGUGAUCAGAAAGGAUAGCCAUUCUUUUUCUGUGUGUUGAAAAGUACAUCUUUCUGUUGCUCUAAACCGGUCAUGCCCCUUGGGGGUAAAAAAAAGUGUACCAUGUAUAUGUUAGGUUACAGAGAAUUUAAGCUAUAAAUUACAUAGGUUAAAACAAGUCCAAAUUUAAUUUGCAACCAGAUUUGAUUGGAAAUUCAAAAUCUCUAGUGACCAGUGGUCAGGGCUCAUUUGAAAAUAGUAAUUGGUGAGAGGGAUCCAAAGUUUGCUUUUUUUUCCUAAAGGAAUUACAGGUGGAAUAUGCUGGGAAAAAAGCAUUUUGGGGGUAUUUUGAAAAGCCUAUUAUAAUCCCACAAUACCAUCUUAAGUUUCUCCUUUCCAUGCUACCUAGACAUCGUAAUUCAGACAAACUUUGUUUUCUCUGGAACAUAGCAUUUCCAAUACUGUCCCACUUUUCAUCUCGGAAAUAUUGCCAUGGUUUUAUUUUGUUUUGUUUUUUUAGUAAUAUCCAAACACAACUACCAAAGUUGAGUUUUCUCCGGAGAAGACAGUUGUAAAGAACUGUUCCUAUUCUUCCUUUUUUUUUCCCCCCAGGCCCAGGUCCUUUUUGCCUGACAACUGCAAAUCAGAGCACAGAAAAUACAGUUGUGGAGUUUUGUUUAAUUUACUUUAAAAAGACAGGAAAGCUUGAAAAAAAUUGUGAAACCACUGUUUCAUCACUCCCAUAAUCCCUCCGCAACUCAAAUUGCAUAUCGUGGGAGAUGUUUUCUUAUCAUCGAUGUGACAUUUAUACCACACUUUCAAAGACAAUCGCUGAAAAAAAAAAUUGCCUUUCUGAGCUAAAAAUAUGGAGAGUCUCUGCCUGGAAUCUUUAUUCAAACUCUUACUGGGCAUUGAAAUGCUUGCUUGCCAACUACAGAACCAUUCUAUUGGGUUCUAACUUGUUUCUUUUAAAGAGACGCCCAUCAUCAUCACGGCAGGUUGCCAUUUUGUAAACUAAUCGAGUAUUUUGGAUUGAGAUUUCUUAAACAUUUCUUCAAAUCUUCCACAAGUAUAUACUUUUAAAUUAUGAAGUAUUUUAAGUAUACACAAAAUAUAAAUAAUAAUAUAAUGAAUCCCUGUAUACAUAACACCCAGUUUAAGAAAUCAAAUAUAACAAAUAUAGUUACAUUCCCUUGCGCACCCUUCCCUGAGUCCACAAAUACCUUUUUCAUGAUUAUAAAGUGAUAACGUCGAUUUUUAGUCUUUUAUUUUAAUUUUUAAUUUUAACACUCAGAAAAGAAAUGAGAAAUUAUUUGUGUGUGUUUUGAAUUACACCCCAUGCCUCAGGAAUUCCAAUUACAUUUAUUUUACUUUAGUAGGAAUGAUUGUAAAAAUGGUUCAGUUUUCUUUUUUUUAUUUCAAUAAGAAAUUCUUAAACCUAUGGUCAUUAGUUCAUCUAAGUUAAUUUGUGGCUCUUUUGCCUCAGUCACCCAAAGUGACCGCCAAAGUUGCGACUUUUCAAAGUUUUCUUGGAAAACAUUGUCUUUCCUUACUUUGCUACUCUUACCAUUGGUCUUAUAUUUUUCUUAAUGUGAAAUACAAUGGGAUUCAUUUUGGGCAGCAUGUGAAUUUUAGGAUACAAUAGUGACUGUAUCUCUGAAUUUCUGUCCUCCACAUUCAAGAUCAGACAUGCUGAUGACCUCAAAGAGCACUGACUAUUAGACAAUUGGAGAGAUACUGUAAUUUGCUUGAAUGGCUUCAGCAAUUUGUUUUCUAUGAAAUACUUGGGGGAAAUUGUGUUUAGGCCAAAAGCCCAAUUUAUUGAGAGAUGGAUUUUAUCUCUUGAAGUGCAGUCAUAUUAUUAUGAAUUUUGCCAAAAGAGGAAAAUGUAUGAAAUAUUUAUACUAUAAAAAUGCAAUAACAUUCUACUUGUUUGUUACAUUUAAGUCCUUGUGUAACUAAAAUGUUUACAAGCCAAAACAUUUUAAAGAGAGAGAGAGUUAUAAGAAAAUGCUGUCACAGACCCAUCAGUGUGGCUUUGCCAGAAUACUGCUUGCUUUCAAUCUUUAUAGUACAUUUUUAUCACAUAACCUCAGAGUAUCUUUACCAAAGAGUUUUAAAGUAAAUCUCUUUUUAAUAUAGACUUAUUAUACUUUUAUAAUAAUGAAUGUGCACACACACAUAUGCAGAAAUAUUUAGAUUUAGAUUUCUUUUCUUUCACAAGGUAUAAUAAGGAAAGGAUCCUACAUAUUUUAUUCCAGGAUUUCUUAAGUAUAUGAUUUAUAUUGCUUUCUUGUCUUUUCUAUUAAUCAUUUGGUUUAAACAAUGCCAAAUCACUCUUUACUGUUUUAGUUACAUGAAAUUUUGCCUAUAACAGAGACAGAAAGAUCAUAUUACCUUAACAAUUAUAAUUCUUUUGUCUUUUGGUAUAUUGUCUUGAUUGUUAUUUAAAUUCAUAAAUAAUAGAAAAAUCAGAGUUUAUAAGAGGAAGUUUGUUAAAAAAUGGUCAAGAACACAAAUAUUUGGUAAUUAUGUGUUGAUGAGAGAUAUGGAAAAGGAAAAAAACCCACUGUGUCAUGGGCUCUGCACACCAUUUCAAAAUCAAAUUUCUUCACUGUCUGGAUCCCAGCUCAUACUGACUCAAUGUGGAGUCUCGUUUGCAAGCAAAAUUGCAUUAAAAACUCAAAACUAAGUCAUGUGUCCCAACAUAAGACAUCAAGGCUUUGAGAUGCUGGACAUCUCUGCAGCUCAAAGAUGUGGGUUCUUUUUCCUGUCGUUGACAAAUUAUUUUUGUAGGGGCAACUUCUCUGAUCAAAAUUACUUCAUUGGCUGUAUGCUGACUAAUGCAGCCGAGUUAUCAACACUGUCAUUGUUUCCUCACCACGCAAGAUUCUGCAAAGAUGCUUAUGGUGAUGUUUAAAGUAUAUAAAACUCUAACUACAUUUAAACAAGUGUUUUUAUUUGGGUUCAGAGGAAGAAAGAGAGCACUUUUACAAUGGGACUAUAGUAGAGGGUUUAUAGAAUAUAGACAGGACUCUGAGAACACAACUUCCAACAGUUUUCCUAGUUAGUAAAAAUCCUAUUAAUGUGAACCAGCCAGGAAUAACAGUGUUAUUUCUAUUUGACAUGGUUCGGGCUUCUCUUGUCAAAUCUGUGUCGGCUGCCCCCUGAUCCCUCCAUCAUCAAGUUUUGAAGGGUGUCAGGGAAAUUAUGGCAGCUGCUAGGGAGAUCAGGAAACACUGAUGUGACCUCCCAGCCUCUCACCACUCCUCUUGGCUCGGAAAGGCUUCUUUUUCUCAUAGACAUUUCUAGAAGUAUUGCCAUGCUACCUUAGUAUUUCACAUUUGUAGUUUAAACAAGUGAUUGUCCAUCUGUUGCCUCGAGCUACAGUACAUGUGUGUUAUGAAUGAAAUAUGACAGCAUGUUCCAUACCCUGCUUUCGCCAUCUGUAGGAAACCAGUAGGCUGAAAAAGAUAUACCUCUGCAGAAUGUGCCUGAAGUCCCUUUCUUGAGAUCACUCUCUCGGGGCAUUUUCGUGGGAGACAAUCGGAGAGCAACAUAUAUGUGUGCCUUAUUUUAAAAGAGUCUUUACGCCGCUCUGAAUACUCCACUGGGGAGUCCAUAAUGUUAGUAAUCAUCUCCCAGAUUUCCAAAAUACAGUCAUCGAAAAGGAAAACAAAAUCCAAAGAAGUGUAAACUCUUUAUCUUAAUGUGCUCUAAUAGUGUUUCUUUUCUCCUUGUCUCUUGGAAGGACCUUGUGGAUUCCUGAAUUAAAGAAAACACUUUUAUGCCAGGAAGUGAUGUUUCGGAUGUUGUUAGUGAUUAUGUUUGGUCUUUCUCUGGUUUUAGUCAGAUAAUGAAGUCAGACUUCCAUUUGAGCCUUUACCACCCGUUCAGCAUAUCCACUUUUAGUAAUUGUCAUAGCUUUUUGGUUUGUCUGUUGUCUUAAUUUAAUAGUGGACAGAACAGGUUGAGUUCUGAGUCAUUAUUAUGGUACAACUGUGGGCAUUUUAGGUUGUUAUUUACAUGACAGAUACGUAGAAUGAAACUCUUCUCAAGAGACUAUUGUCUGGGUAGCAUAUUACGUAUUAUUUCAAACCUUUAAAAAAUCAUCUGAUUAAAGCUCCAUGGUUUGGUGAGAAUUCUUCCUCUUUCCCUCUUCGCCUCUUUUUCUCCCUCCUCCUUUUUUUCCUCCUGCCUUCCUUUCUUACAUUCUGUCCUGCUUUUCAUCCUACCUAUUAAUAUUAUUGUGCUUGGACUUUUCAUAAGUAAAUUAUAUCAGUGCAUUCUGAUCUUUACAGAAUUGUGACCAUAUGAAGGGAAGAAGGCUACCAUCAAAUAUACAUGGCAUCCAUAAAUCCUUCCUUUAAAAGGGCAUAUUUUCCAGAUUGUGUUUAUUCAUAAAGCGAGAUGAGAUAAUAGAGUCAGUUUUAUUUUAAUGAGUUUUCAUCAGGGACUCAGAUCAUAGAGUUCUUGGCAAAUUCAUUCAUGACUGCCCUACUUUUCUCAGCUAUAUGCAAAGUGAUCUUUCUAGGACUAGGUUAAGAAUUAAAAAAAAAAAAAAACAUUUUGGCCAACAAAACAAUCAUAUUUUUAAGUGGUGUGGCAUAUUAUUUUAUUCCUAAUGAAACUUGGUAAUUUUCCUCAUGGCAAGGAAAAACUAUUAUCCUUCCAGAAUUUUUACACAUAUCAGCAUUUUGCCUAUGAGCAUAAUAUUAAAUCCUAAUAGUUGAAUCACAGUAUUUUACAGGGGGUAGGUCAGCGCCAGAGUUCUUUCUAGAGCACAGUUCACAGGCCUGUAGUAUGUUUAUAAAAAGCAAAAAAGCAACCUGAGGAGAACAAGCUUGAGUCUCUCAGUAAAGCAUUUUGUUAAAAUUCGGCUUUGAGAUUUUUUUGAACUCUGGCUAAUAAUUGAUAAAAAUAUGCCCUCUGUGUCCAUUUUUCUAAAAUCUGUUUGGAAAAAGCUUCUAUUUCUAGGGAUAUAUUUUCACCUUUGGUUUCUGCUCUCACUUCCACUUUCUAUAAGUUUUCACAGGAUUGACAUUGACAUUGAUUUUCCCUUUUCAGAGGGUCACAUGUGAGGAAAGUAAAACAUACUUAAUACAUAUUUAAUUCAAUACAUAAGUGAAUUUGCCAAGUCUCAGUGGGCAUGUUGUUUUGUGGGGGUUUUUUGUCUUUUAUUUGUUUGUUUGUUAACCUGUGUCCAAGAAGAGUGGGAUUCAGGAAAAUAAGGAGAGAUUUAAGAAAAGAGACAGUCUACAAUUAAAAUGAUGGCAGGAGAGUUCUUGUAAAGUGUCACUCCGAGACCUUUUGGAGGGGUUUUAGGCAUCAGCAACUGUAGUUGUUUAAGCAACUAAGCUAGUAAAAUAUUCAUAUUUCCAGGUUUAUGAAGUAUUUAAAAGUCACUCUAGCUAUAGUGACUAUAUUUUUCCCUUGUCAGAAAAAAGUGAAGAGAGAGUAGCUGCUAGGCCCCAUGACAGGGUUCGUAGCUACUCCAGGAAUUUAUAACGCAUGUCCUUUCACCCCCUCCAAGAGAGGGGCAUAGCUCAUUCUCAGCCUAAAAGAUGGUGAUACAUAUUCUGACAUAUUCUUGGGCACACCAUACCGUACCCUAAGCAUCUCUGACGGUUAGAAGUUUCUGUUUUCACACAUGCAGUGUUUUCUCCCUUUCCAGUACUUACCUGAUGAUGACAGUAAAUAGGAGUUUAGGUCUGUUGUUCUCUUGUUGAAAUCCAGUCAUCCACUAUCUAUAAUGUCAUGCCUAAACAGCCAAACUAUAACUAAUUUUUACUAGUUUUCUCUUUUUUAGUUGCAAACACAGGAAACUAACUUAACUUACUAACUUUAAAAAAAGGAAAUAUAAAAUGGCUUAUUUUCCUUUAAAUCUAGGACACUUAUCCCUUUCUCUAUUUUACUUUCCUGUCCCUUGUGCAAGAAGUUGUAGACACCAUUUUGGUUAUCCAACAUGCAUGUGGCUUCUUUUGUGGAAAGUGGAAGAUGCAUUUUUACUAAAUUCAUGAACAUUUCCCCCCUUGAAAUCACAAAAAAAAAAAAAAAUACUAAAAGCUUUGCUCUUUAUUUCUGAUUGUUACUUAAUUUAUCCACAGUCUCUAACCACGCUAAUACAUAUCUCUAUUUCCAGCCUUUGUUAUAAACAAAAAUUAAUAUUCUACAAGUGAAAAGUUAUAUAUACUAGAGAGAGGAGAAAACCUACAGCUAAUUCCUUUGUAAUAAUUUAAGAUACUUGCAUUAAUCUUUCCUUACAAUAUGCCUUUUUAAAUUUUUCCAAGCUACUCAUCCAUUUAGGGACAAGAGAAAACCUUAUUCAUCUAACUCUGAUAGGCAUUUAACUCAUUGACCCAAAAGCAGCCUUAUUAAACAACCCACAUAAUGGAUUCAGUCAACUUGGCACUGAAUGUAGCUUCUAGUUCACUUCUCAACCCCAGAAGUAGAAUGGUUUACCAAGAAUGAGACAGGUCUCACUAUGUUAUCUUGUGUUCUACACUAGUGUAGAGAGUUCUAGCUGACCCCAGACAUCCAUCGGUGGUGUUCCUAAACAAACAUAGACUCAUGGGCUCUUUAAGGACCUGAAUCUCCUCUGUUAUGUUGCUAGCAAGUCACCAUCCCAUAUCUUAGACCUGGCCAGUAUGUAGUACUGUUCAUAGCAGUCCAUGCUACUAUUAGGGCAGCUCUUUUCUACAAAAGUUCUUCCUCGUGCUGCAUAUUAAUUUGUCUCCAGGGCUUCGCAAAACAAGUCUAAUGUCUGAAUCUCCCAUUUAUUGACAUUGUGUCAAAUCCAGUCACCCUUCUGCUUCUCCUUUGAACACUUGGACAAAUAGCUUCUAAUUUUAUUUCACUCUACUCGAUGAAACUUAGUAAUCACCUUGGGUCAGGCUAGGUGGAAACACUUUCUUUGGGGGUUGAAAGUAAAUGGCAUUGAAGUCACCCAAAAGAAACUGAUAGUCAACAUGGAAAUUUCCACCAAGGACUCAGACCCAGGAGAGUGGAAGGCAGAUGAGGCUAGAUCUUCCAUGUGUACAAAACAGACCUUUUACAUUGUGUCCUGUACUAUUUUUGAUUUUUGAUAUUUCGAAGUCAUUCUGAAAACAAGAAGCAAGCUAACCUGUAUACCAUCUGUGAGAGUCCCACUUCUUGGUUAAUGUUCAGAAAGUCUCUGUAACCCUCUCCCUUUGUCUCUGUCUUCUCAGUAAUAGCAUAGUUUUUGUCCAUGUUCCCAUGCUGAAUAUGCAAAAAGAGUUCUGGAUACUUUAUAGGGGUUCGACAUAAAUAUUUACUUGCUGAUUGGUUUUGACAUUCACUUCCAUUUUCCUGUGCUCAAAUAUUUGUACCUAGAGAUGUUGCCCUUUAGACCAAGUGAGCAGCUUCCCUAUGUGUUCAGUUAGGAACUAUCCUUAGGAGUCUGUAUUUCUCUUUACUUUUGUCUUUCUAACCUCUUUAUCCCUUACUCAUCUUAAUUUAAUAAUUACUGUGAGAGAAUCAGCCCCUAAGUAACUUUGAUUCAGUCCAGCUGCAAUAAGAUGAAACAGGUUCAGUGGGUACUCAGAAAUAUGGCAAUGAGAAGGGUACUACUUCCCAGUGGCAUCGGUCGGGCUCCAUGGAGAAGUGAAAUUUGGUAAGAAAUGUUGAACUGAUUCAUUGACUUGAUGUGGAAGUUGAAGGAAGAAUAUUUAAGGCACUAGAAAUAAUAGAAAAGCACAAACUAUCUUCAGAAAAGAUCCUCUACUUUAAAUAUUACAGAUUCUGGAAUUUCCUUAACAGGAGAAAAAAUUUCCAGAUAUUCAGGGUCAAUGAGAAGGUAAAAGGCAUAGUGGAGGGCUAAUUCAACUGCUAUUUUCUAUCUUGUCUCUUUAUAAUUGGAAGAUAGAAUGAGCUGCCAAAAUAUAAUCCAGCACAUACAGUAUAAACAAGAAGCUUUAUAACACAGAUACUCUACUCUUGGAGCAAACACAUGUGUCUUUUGAACCCCUGCAAGAGAAGAAGCAAGACAUCCUUAUUUUCCUAUUAUGUUAGGUCAACAAUUGGAAAGGAUCCUGCUAUCAUCUAUUCCACUUGGUGUUAAAAUUCCCUUACUGAUUCACUGCUAAGUGAUAACCCAGACUCUGCGUAAGCAUCACCUGCAUCAACAAGCUCAUGACUUCUUGGGUCUUCCAUUUCCUCCAUCAGACUUUGUUCCAAGCUCCCCCUGACUCUGAAGCAGAACCAGGUUUGGGGAUUAUGCUCUCCUGAGUGCCGCACAAAACUCAUCCUUGGUACAUAAUAAAAUGUUAUUCCUCCCUUCAUUUUCCUUCCAAAUAUAUUUGUUUUCAUUUUGGCAACACAUUACUUUAAAAAAAAUUUUUGAUUUUUAGCUGAAGAUUUAAAAACCUUUAAACAUCUUUAAAAAAUAGGAUUUUCUGAGGGUCAGGUUUUAGAGUUGACGACUUUUUUUGUUGUUUUUAUUUUCUUACUCAAAAGAUAAAUUGUUCUGACAGUUGAUACAUACAUAGCUCUAUGCCCUCCCCCAGUGCCCAACCCAUGAACAGUACCCUCCAGUUGCCUGGCCUGCUAAUAAUGACCCUAACAGGUUGAAAAAUGUCCGUGCAUGAUCUCCACUUCUAAAAAGGAAGAAGUCAAACGCAAAAGAUAGCGGUUCUGUUGAAACUCUUUACUUCUGUCUAGUUGUUCUUUGCCAGAGGAAAUCAUUCUUGGGGGGACAGGGUAAUAGGAUGUUCCAGUCUUAGGUAGAAAUGUAUACAUUCUUUCACUGGUGCCCUGGGUUACCCUGGACUGUCAUCCUCUUCCUCCCCAGGUUUGAAUUAGAGGGCCCUAUUGGCAGAACCUGUCACCAGUCUUCUGGGCAGGACCUGGGGGUGGCUUUCUGAGCUCUAAAAUAAUAAUUCCUGAGUGAGCUUACAAACCGCUUUCACACAUGAAACAGCCCUGGGAGGAAGGUUAUUAAUAGCCCUAUCCUAGGAGAGAGCCGAGGCUGGGAAUCGUUCAGUGACUUGCCAGAAGCGAUGCAGCUGGUAAGUGGCAGAUCUGGGGACAUAGCCAGGCCGUGCAAGUCCAGUGCUCUCUCCAGCGGCCACUCGCAGGGCACAGAAUACCUCCGAGCACAAUGUACGCUUUGCCCAGACUAACGUGCCCCCCGUGCAAAGGCAUCCAGGGCGAUUCUCCUAGCCCGUUACAGACCUCCGGCGGCAAAGCCACGUGUGCACAGCGGUCCGUGCGAUCGCUUAGCGCCUGCGCACAUCGUCCGUGCUGUCUUGUGGGAAACUCCCGGGCGUUCUGUCUGAUCAACCCUGUGAUGAUGGCCGUGGGGGAAGGCCACCCCCGAGAACAAACAGCUGUGGCGCUGCAGCACGCUGCCCGCAAGUCUCCCCAGAGACGGUUGGUUUACUUGGCGUGAAGGGGAAAGCUCUGGAACGGUGAGGUGCAGACUGUCACCCAAGAUCAUGUCAUUUCGAAUGCAGUGGAGGGCAGAGGUGACUGGGUCCUUAAGACAGAUCUCUCUCCCUUGGGCUACGAUUUAUGCCCACCGGAGACGGAGACUGCUCUGUAGGUAAACAAUGCCUAGGAUUCUUCCUCUCGGUUCACAGCUAUUGAGGCCCACGGUGUCUGUCACUGCACCAGGCGUUUCCCAACCACCCCACCCACCCAUGACCUUGAAACGUCUGGGAACAGAGGCUGCAGGACUGAACGCGGCUCCACAUUUGGUGUUUGCCGUUGGAGAGACAGGGCUGCCCAGGCCGGUAUGGUUUUGUGAUUGGUGGAAGCUUAUUUGGUACUGUGUUGUUCCCAGGAUGCUUACUUGGAAGCCUCUGUGUAUAUUCUAGAAGCUGCCCUACCCGGCAGUCCCACAACUCACCAUUCCUUCUCUUGAGCCGCAUCUCUCAGGAAGAUGUGCCUUUUGAUGCAUGCUCUUGGGCUUUCAUUUCCUCCCAUUUCUCAUUAUAGUUGUUUGGCUUCCAGUUAAAAUCUGUGAACUGAUUGCAAAGAUAUUCUCUCUUCAUCUGAGUUAAACCUCCUGUAGGAAACCUGUAAAAUGAUCUCAUCUAAUAAGCUUUUUAGGCUUUUCCCUCCCUAGAGUCUACCAUCCAUCACGCCCCUCUCACCAUCUCUCUGCUUAUUCCCUGGGAUUCAUGAGGGCCAAGUGAAGUCACAGAUGGCCACUCACCCCUUUCCACACUUCACACCUGGCACACACAGGACGUGCCAGUGGGGCCAGCGGGCUAGUACCCUUGGCAGAAAUGGCAACAUUCAGAGCCUGGAAAGGUGCCUCGUCUUCCUGUGAGGCUUGAGAAGUGCUCUGGCUGAAGCCGUGGAGAGCGAUUCUUGUAGGAUAGACAGAGUACCCCCACCCAGGAGUGGGUGACUAGAAGAAGAAGAAUUUUGAGAACUCUCCAGAAUUUUAUGGGUGAGUACGCCCGGGUAGAGACUCCCCGGGGUGGAGCCUGUGACAUCUCGUUAGCGGGAAGAAAAGGACAGUGAGGCAGUGAAGAUAGAGAAGCAGCCCUUUAAAAAAAGAAAGGGCGUCACCAACCCUGAUCUCCCUUUACAUAAUGUAAAGAAAAUUAUGAAUAAAACUUUUCCUUCUUCCAUUCUACAUGAUACAGUCCUCCAUAUGUAGGGAAAACACAAUUGCGUUGUCUUUCAAACACACACCCAUGCACGUGCGUGCACACACUCUCACGCAUAUGCACAUACAGACGUCUUCCAAAAAAGCCGAUCCUUCAAAAAAGAAGCCUUAUUUUAAAACACUUGUGUUUCAGGCCAGGAAAUUAAUAAUUCCUAGACCUGACCCAUUUUUGUGGCUGCCAAAAAGGAAAAGAAAAAGCUCUUUAAAUUUUGUAUGGAUCCAUUUAUCUCCUAAAAUAUGCCAAAGCAAUUUGAGGUGGGGGUGGAAACGAAAGUAUUUCUCUCUCCUGCCUGAUUCUCUCUUUACAUUUCUAUCUGUGGGGAAAAGAGUAAAGCCUCUUCCUGGGCCAUUCUUAUCGAUGCAUCGUGUUACCACGUUGGAAGGUGCCUGCUCGCUCCGUGCCAAGAGGAAUCACACUUCCUCUCCCGACUCCAUUUACUCUAUCAUGAGGGAGUAAAUAUUAAGUCUGGAUGUCUUUCCUCACCAAAUUAUUUAACACCAUUUCUGAACUGCUUUAGAAAAUGUAAAAAGGGGAGAAGCUAGUUUUUCUUGGAUCCAUGUCUCCUUUCUUUUCUUUCUUGGGAGACUUAAUUAUAAAGGGGGGGGGAAUCCAAUACCUUCUCGUCUCGUUUUCUCUGUGGGUGAUAGCUGAUGAUCACUUAGGAACCAUAAGCCAGAAGUAGGAGAAGAGCAUAGCCAGGUUAUGAUGUAUCUGCCAACGUGUUUCAUUCCUUCAAAUUCAGACUUCAGAGGAAACGGGAUUUUUAUCAGUUACAUGCCAACAAUAGAAAUGGCCUGAUUUUAAUUUCAAAUAGUAAAAGGCAAGUUGAUAUUUAGUCAGUGUUUGCAUUUUGCUAACCCUUCUGCUUCGUUUUUAGUUGAUAUGCCAAGCACAUCAAUGUAUCAGGGAGAAAUUGCCAGAAAGAGCCAAAGUGCCUUAGACCUCUCUCCCUCGGUAGCAAAUUGAAACUGGUAGACACUGUGCCAGCCUCCUCACUCCACUGAAAUGUCAGAAAUGAGACGCAUCCUUGAUGAAAGAGAUUCAGGACCCCGGAAACUAAAUCUUGUCACCAGUAUGUAUAGUGAAGUAGUUGCAAAAUCACGUUUAAAUGACGUUCUUCCUUUUACUCCCCGUUUAUUCUCUUGGGAAAGCUGAUAAGCAAGUGAUCCAAGAAUUCUUUCCUUAGUAAACAAAGUCAGAAUCUAUUUCCCCCCUAAAAAUCUGAAUUCUGUCCUUGUUCUUUUUCAGGAAACCUAUCAAAGAGCAAACAGAAUUAAAGAUGACACUUGAUUGUCUGAUCCUUUAGCAUGAAUAAAAUUAUCCUGUGAUUGAAUGUGCCUUAAGUGAAAAUUUAAACUGAGAUGCAGCAUUUUCACAGCUGGAUGUAGCGUUAACUUCUUCCAGGCUAUCUGCGCAGUGAACUACUUUGUUUUUGUUUUGUUUUGUCUUUUAAACUCCACAUUUAUCAUUAGUUUAGCAGAUUUGGGGCUCUUUCUCUCCUGGGAAUAUGUGUAAUUAUGAGACGCACCAAAAAAAAAAGGAAGGGAAAGAACUUUCUGAGUAGCAAAUCUGUGCCAUGAAGGAGACGUGACAUGGAGAUGUGGAGCCCGAAGAUAGUAAUUUCUCUGAGCUGCACACACGAGCUUUUAUUUCGUGGCUCUGUCACAGGCUUUUCUCCUUCUGUGCCGUCACCUUUGAGAAAAACGAUUGCACCUUCUCCAAGUCUGCCUUUUUAACAGCUACAGUUGAGUUGGCAAGACUUCCCCAGCUCUGAAUAUAGCCAUUUGCCGACUCCGGCCUCUUUGCGAGACUGACUCAAAUCUGUGAUCUUCUGUUCAGCAUACACAUCAGCAAAGUGAGAAGAUGAGCACUAAAUAUAGGCUCUAUUAACUUUACUUUUAGAUUUACUGCCUUCAAAAAGUGCCUAUUCUGAGAAACAUAAACGUUAUUCCUACAUAUGUAUGUACACACGGUACCCAGAGUCAUACUGUGCAGCCUUCAAAAACAUACCAUCUAAAGGAGUAGGUGCUAAGAUAAGGAACGCUUGCCAAAUGGAAGAAAGUCACUCAUUUCCAAUAUCCCCUCUCGAGUGGCACCGUGAAACAGGCUGCAAACACAUUCCCUGAGCAUUCCUUGCUGAUACAGCCACUUUAUAUUUAUAUCCGACUGGAUGAAGGCAUACCGCUGAGGCUUCCUGUACUCUGCUUCAGGGGCCUAGUUGCUGUAUGGAAUUGGAAUAUUCAGUCAGAAGGAAACAUUGUUCGAGAGAAUUAAUAGAGCCAGGAUCUGUAUUAGGAUAUGUGUCAGAUGUGUGUUUUAUAAGCUGAGCAUUGGUGGGUUUAGAAUGUCAGCACGUUUUUUUUUUCUCCUUUUAUCUCUCAGGCUAACAUCAGUGAAAAUGAAAGAAAAGUCUUGGCCAGGAGGAUUGGAGGCUCAGGGGGCCCAAUGUCCUUGCCAGAUCCUUAGAGCAUCUCUACUUUGACUCCUAAAAAUAGUAGCGUAUGUUACUGAGUGGCUUUUGUUUCCAUAGAUCUGUCACGGGCAUUGCAAGCAUAGUCACUGCUGAUGGAACAGCCGCACAGCCUGGAACGAGGGACUGUUCUCCAGGUGUGGCCUAAGAGAGGGUCCGGGGAAAUAGGACGAGAUAGGCCGUGCAUGAUUUUAGGAAAAGGGUUGAAGGGAGGACGUGCUUCCAAAAAAGAUCUUUCUCAAUGUGUCGUCUGACUCAACCAGCUGGCAAAUUACACUUGCCAAGUCGCUCUCUUUCCUUCUAAGUCAUUUGGCUCCCUGUGCAUUUGAAUACGCCUCUCCUUUGGGAAAGAGAGAUGCCUCCAGUUAGCCUCUCUCCAAGGAAGCUCUUGACGUCGUCUUGGUCACAAAGUUAUCUCCUGCCCCACCCACUUUCACCAAAAGGAAGUAAAGAGGGACGAGCUAUAGGAGAUGGUUUCCAUGGCACUGCAGUCAGCCACCAUUCUGCCUUCCAUAUAAGGAGCCCCCCUACAUGCACCAGGGAUGAGGCUGGAACAGAUUACUGUUGCAUAAUCUCGAGUGUGGACCACCCUGCUUUAGCUGUCAUCGUUUUAUGAGACCAGUUGGCUCCUUGGAGAAAGAGUGAUACUCUUCACUAAAAAUGUCUACUCUUCCUGUUGACGUUCGUUUUCUGUUUUUACCUUAUCCAAUUUCAACACUAGUCAUUUUCUAUUUUUUAGAGAAUCAGAUGUCAGUGCUAGAUAAGAGUUGAAGAAUCUCUGUGUGGUGUCAGAAGAAGUAUUGGGAUACGGGGGGUUUUCUCCUUGGGAACAAGAUGGAUGGGGAAAGAGACAACAGGGCUCUGCUCCAGGUUUCAACCUGAUGACCAUGACUAUGAGAGAGAGUUUUGUGUAAAUGUUAAGUGGUACUUACAAGUGGACAGAGAAAGGAGAAGGGGGAGACAGGGAGAGGCCAGGUUUUCUCUCCACUAAGAGCAAGAACGUCCCACUGAGUACAAGGAUAGCCCCACCACGAUCAGCUGCUAGUCAGAAUAACAUUCCCUGCUUUAGGGAAAGCCACAGGAACACGUAUAGGGAAUAUGCCUUUUUUCACAUGUGUGGUACUGACAGAGCCAUUAUAUUCCUAAAAUAUAGGUUUCUCUUUCUUAUUUUAUUCUUAGAAAAUCACAUUUCUGCACUACAUCAUGAACCAUCACUGACUUAUCCAAAAUAACCCACAUGAUUCCUUAUGAAAAUAAGAGAAUAAAACCUGUUAUAAGCAAGUGAUUUGGGUAUUUUCUUUGUAUUUAUGUAUUAUCCAAUUAUAUUAAAACAUUUCUAUUUACCUUCUAUCUGUUUCUUCUCUCAAUUAUGUUUUUCCAAUGCUCUAUAAGAAUAAAUAUGAAAAUGAUAUUCCCUUUUUUCUGUAAAAGAACUGCAACUCCUUUAUUAUAUUUAGAAAUCCAAUAAACUUCUUAUUACAUAUA